AUGUUGGAUAGCUGCGGGAUGCUAGAUUUCCCAUACAAAGGGAACUCAAUGUCAUGGUUGGGCUACAGAAGACGGGGGAAAGUUCAAUGCCGUCUCGAUAGAGCUGUGGCGAGAAUCUCAUUCAAGCUCUUCGAAGUCAAACGCAAUUUCAAAUUUGAUAAGCGUUGGCUAGGGAAAACGGGACUGAAACAAACGAUCAAAGAGGGCUGGGAUAACUCAAGGAAUACAGAACAAGGAAGUAUCUCCUCUAAAAUAUCGUCUUGUCGACAAGCCAUUUCCAAAUGGAAGAAAACAAAUAAAUCUAAUUCGAUCAAGAAAAUAGAGGAGAUCAAGGCUCAGCUAGAACAAAACCAAACGGACCUCAGUGGUACGAGUGAGGAAGCUCUUAAACUAAAAUGGGAUCUUUGUGCAGCUUUUAGAGAAGAAGAGAUUUAUUGGAAGCAAAAGAGUCGAGUAACUUGGUUAAGAGAGGGAGACAGAAAUACCAAAUUCUUUCAUGCAACAACCAAGCAGCGUCGCGCACGUAAUCGCAUUACCAAGCUGAAAAGAAAUGAUGGAACAUGGGCUGAAACCGACGACGGUAUCGAGAGGGUGGCCACAGAAUACUUUCAAACUCUCUUUACCUCGUCGGCACCAAAUAAUUUCAGUGAUGCACUCCGGUACGUUACCGAGAGAGUUACACAUACGAUGAACGUUGCUCUCACAAAACCUCCGUCCAAUGACGAGAUCAAGCGUGCCAUAAAUGAGAUAAACCCGGAGAAGGCACCUGGCCCAGACGGGAUGACAAGCUUAUUUUAUCAAAAAUUUUGGGAGAUUGUAGCGGAAGACGUUAUCUGCAUGGUGAAAGAUUUCUUCUCCACAGGAAGCCUCGACCUCAGUCUUAAUAAGACAAGCAUCUGUCUUAUUCCUAAGACGGAGAGACCAAGAGAGAUGACUGAGUUCCGACCAAUAAGCUUGUGCAACGUUUGUUACAAAAUUAUCUCAAAAAUCCUAUGUCGAAGGCUCAAGAAAUUCCUCCCGAGUUUAAUAUCGGAGACACAGUCAGCUUUUGUAGCAAAACGCCUCAUUACGGACAACAUUUUGAUUGUCCAGGAAGCCUUCCACGCCCUUCGAACAAACCCGAUAUGCAAAUCUAAAUUUGUGGCCAUCAAAACAGACAUGAGCAAGGCAUACGACUGCGUCGAAUGGUCCUUCUUAGAAGCCUUAAUGCUAAAAAUGGGCUUCUCACAAACCUGGGUCUCAUGGAUACGUACUUGUAUCUCGACAGUUACGUAUCAAGUCCUCAUUAAUGGAGAAGCUAAAGGAAGUAUUAGUCCAUCACGUGGUCUGAGACAGGGAGAUCCCCUCUCACCGUUUUUAUUCAUCAUCCUAACCGAGGCCCUGGUCGCUCAACUUAAAGGUGCAGAAGCAGAAGGAAGAAUAACGGGACUUAAAAUAGCACGAAACUGCCCAGCAAUCUCUCACCUCCUAUUUGCAGACGAUAGUCUUUUCUUUUGCAAAGCAGAUAUCCAGCAAUGUGCUAAGCUUUUAAAAAUCAUCCAUACUUAUGGACAGGCUUCGGGACAACAGCUUAACACUUCAAAAUCCUCCAUCUUUUUUGGACACAAGGUCCCACCAGACAUAAGAGCUGAACUAAAGAGAACUUUGGGCAUUACAAAGGAGGGAGGAAUGGGAAUGUAUCUUGGCCUGCCGGAGAAGAUAUGUGGAUCAAAGAAAUAA